UUAUACGUACUCGUUGAUUUGGUUGUAUUAUCCCAGUUGUCAAUAAUUUCCUGUAUUAGUUUUCGGUUUUGUAUGAAGAAAGUCGACUAAUUAUUGAUAUUUCUGUUAUAAACAAGCUCGUGUUCUGUUCAUUUGUUUACAAAAUGCGUGUUAGUUAUAGGGUUAAUGAAUGAGUGACACAGGUAGUGAGUCAGACGAGGCGACCGAGCGUACGGCACUCAUGGACGGCCACAUCGCAGAAGCUCGUCCCGACAGGGAGAUCGCCGAAAGGAUCGCCAGGAAAAAGAAAACAAAAUCGGAAAGCCAGCGCACUUAUGGCGUGAGUAGCACGAAUAGUGUGGAACGAAGUGAUGGUGAAGGCUCCAGUGGGCCCAGCAGGCCUGGGCCUAGCGGGCCUAACCCACCGCAGCCUACAGAGCCACAGAUUGAAGAGUUGGAACUGAAGUAUGGUGCUCGCCAUGUGAUCAAGCUAUUUGUACCUGUUACACUGUGUAUGCUGGUGGUUGUAGCUACAAUAUCAACCGUCAGCUUUUACUCUGUUAAAGAUGUGUAUUUAGCAUACACACCAUUCCAUGAAGAAAGCCCUCAUGCCGUGACCAAAGUAUGGAAUGCACUGGCCAACUCUAUGAUCCUACUGUGUGUGAUCGCACUGAUGACCGUGCUGCUCAUAGUGCUGUACAAGAAGAGAUGCUAUAAGAUCAUACACGGCUGGCUCAUUCUCUCCUCCUUGAUGCUGCUGUUUUUGUUCUCUUAUUUGUAUAUAGAAGAAGCACUAAGAGCCUACAACAUCCCAAUGGAUUACAUAACACUAGGGUUUGUCAUGUGGAACUUUGGUGUCAUGGGCAUGAUCGUCAUACACUGGAAGGGCCCCCUGCGGUUACAGCAGGCCUACCUGAUCUUCAUCGCUGCUUUAAUGGCACUUGUGUUUAUCAAAUAUCUGCCGGAGUGGACGACAUGGGCAGUGCUGGCUGUUAUCUCUAUUUGGGAUCUAGUGGCAGUAUUGACUCCAAAGGGCCCACUGAGGAUAUUAGUUGAAACAGCUCAAGAAAGAAAUGAACCCAUCUUCCCGGCUCUUAUUUACUCAUCGACGGUGAUGUACUGCCUCGUGGGGACGACGACGACGGGCGAAGGUGAGCCCCGGGAGCUGCGGCCUCUCAACCACGGUACUGCGGCCGAAGGCAGAGCUGCGGCGCGGCCGGCGUCGGGCGCGGACGGCGACGGCGGCUUUGACGCGGCGUGGGCGGCGCGGCGCGACGCGGGCCGCGACGCCGGGCGCGACCCCGGCCGCGAGGGGGGCCGCGACGCCGGGCGCGACCCCGGCCGCGAGGGGGGCCGCGACGCCGGGCGCGACCCCGGCCGCGAGGGGGGCCGCGACGCCGGGCGCGACCCCGGCCGCGAGGCGCGGCGCCUGCGCGUGGACGGCACGCAGCCCGCCAACUACACUACACGCGUCGAGCGACCCGCGCCGCCGCCGCCGCCUGAUAUGGAGGAGGAGAAGGGCGUGAAGCUGGGUCUGGGCGACUUCAUAUUCUACAGCGUGCUCGUCGGCAAGGCCAGCUCCUACGGCGACUGGAACACUACACUCGCGUGUUUUGUUGCUAUACUUAUUGGUUUAUGCCUAACCCUCCUGCUGCUGGCGAUCCUCAAGAAGGCGCUGCCGGCGCUGCCCAUCUCCAUAACGUUCGGUCUCAUCUUCUACUUCGCCACGCGCGGCGUCGUCAAGCCCUUCGCGGACGCGUUAGCCGCCGAGCAGCUCUUCAUAUAGCUAGCCCCACACACUAGAUAUCAAUUAAUGAAGGCGAUUCCUUCCAGUUUCUGAUUAUCGUUGAACGUUUGUAAACCUUAAUGCGAUGGCUGAGGUUAGUUGUGUUGCGAGUAUGUUAGAAGAGCGAAGAAAUGUUGACUUAUUUGUGCACGCUUAUUGCUAUUUAACCUUUGCUGAUUUGUAUAUAUGACGUUGGUAUCCGAUUAUCAAAGUUGGGUUAUUGAUAUCUGAUUUAUUAGAAAACUCUCAGUAUUGGCUUUUAGGUUACAAAUGUUGAUCUCACUUUUUGGCUAUAUUUAAAUUCUUCGACUAACUAAGAGGGUUAUACGGUAUUCUUGCUUGAUAGGAAUAGAAGCUACCUAUCCUGUGUAUUAACUCUUCAUAUUAUCGCCUUUGACAAUCAUCUAAACUACAAACCCCUACAAUAGGGAGUAUUACUUGUACUAGUACUCGAGUAGGGACUCACAACUAACAGUAAUAGAGAGACCCAAAAGUACAUGAGUAGUAUCUGGGGAGCGAACUAUUCGUAGGGUCGCUGAAGGUUUUAACCGGCUUGAUAGCCAACCUGGACACUUCGUCCCAGGGCAAACUCCUAAAGAGGAUAACGCAAUGGCGAUAUCUGAUAAUAGUGAUAAUGUCCCGACAGUGGAGAUGUCAAUCCAGACACGAUUUAUUUCUGUACAAUUUUUUUGCCUAUUAUUUACUUCUUUACGUUCUGGCCAUAGAUGGACCUUGCAAUAAGGUAGAGUUGUCAAUUAUAGUAGACGCAAACCAAACUGACGACCGGGGUCAUAUCUCUAUCUCUCUCAACCUACCUUCGAUUACGCGAGCGCGAAUGAGAAGUUUUACGACCCCGGCCGUCAGUUUGGUUUGCGUCUACUAUAGCAGUCCGGAUGAUGGUACCAGGAUUAACUUCUCUGCGUGGAGUAUCGUGUUAGUCACUAAAAAGUACAGCGCGCACGAUUGAGUGAAUAUGUCGCUAAUACAAAUGAUUACUAAUAAAUACCCAGGGAAUUAUUUCCUAAUAUCUACGCAUAGUGCGUAUACGUAACCAAUCUACUUCAUGCCUUCUUAUGAAGCCUUAUAGGACUUGCAGCAAAUGUAUAAUGUGGUUUUGUAGGAAAUUUGUAAGCACUGUCGAUUAUGGCUCGGUAGUCAGUCUUAUUGAAGAAUGAGUAAGUGAAUUUUCAUGUUAAUAUUUACAUAUGCGAUGUACUCUACUUACCAAUGUAAACUAAUGACACACCGGAAAUACACUAAGUAAGGUUCUCGUCUAUUCUUAGUUGAUUUAUUUGGUAAGCUAAUCACAAAAUUAUACUUUUAUUGCGGGCAAUAGGAUUUUUGUUAUUAGUAGUUAUCCUAGACUAAAAGUUUUACACUACUAUUAGUUGCUCAUAGCCGAGAAAAUAUCUUUAAAAUCAAAAGUGGUAUUGGAUGAUUUAAAUGUUUACUAAAUAAUUCAAGUGACUCUUAAAGACUGACAAUUCCAGGUAAAAUCGCAGUGGCUAACCAAAUGAAUGUAGAUAUACUCGUAAGGUAUACCUAGUGUUAGAAACACAAAUGAAAUGAAUAUAAUGCAAACAACCAAUAGCAAGUAGUAUAUAAACGCCGAAGCCCGGUCUGAUGUUUAAGUAGACGGUUCACAAUGAUAAAAACCUAACCUAACCUUGCAUUACGUAACAUUUUUACUUAAGGUUCAAAAUCAUUGUUAACAUUCCAUUCGUUUUAUGCCUUAAUUCUUAAAUGGAUUGUUCCUUUCUGCCCUAUUCUGUUUUGUCUAUCAGGUUUUUUGUUACUUAUGUAGUGUACCUAAUACCUAUUCUGGAUAAAGACAUGCAUAAACUGAAAAUGUAUCCUUGAUUCUUUUCGCCGUUUCUAGGCGUGACCGAAUUAUCUGUAUCGUAAAUACUCUAUUUAUGCGCAGUUUUGUUUUAAAUUUUACUUGCUGGAAUGUCAUUUAACAAUCGUUUCGUUUAAGUGAAAUGUUAGCAGCAGGCAUGAGUGACAUGACAUACUGCAGAAGCCAUCUUUGGUGAUGGAUAGGACUAUUAGAAAUAUGGGCUUGCCUAUGAUAGACCGUGUUGAGUUCUGUUAAGAAAAGCUCAUCCUUAACCCUUAAAUGCAUGAUUUUUUAUUUUUGGUUGGAAAAAAUGUUUUUAGCUUUUUUCUGUUGAAUCUGUGAGCUGUCCAAUGCUUUGUAUACAUUUGGCAACAAUAUGCAUUUAAGGGUUAAAUUAUAAUGUGGUUUAAAUGAUUAGCUAGGAACUUUGUAAAGCAAAUUAGGUAAUAUAACUUUUGAUAUAACAACAA